AUGACUGGAGGAGCCAAGAAACCAGUCAAUAUAUUCCGCCUAAAGGACCUGAAUGAGCCCAAGGAGGUCUUCAACUGGCGGCUGUGGUUUGCGGUCAUCUCGUUCGGCUUGAUGGGCGCUGCUCGCGGUGUCGAUGAGGGCUUGAUUUCAGGCGCUUUCAACUCCAAAGACUUUCAAAAAUAUAUCAAUUACGAGUCCUACAGCGAAGUGGAGCGAACCAACAUUAAAGGAAAUGUCUCGGCAAUGGUCCAGAUUGGGUCUGUUGGUGGCGCUCUCUUUGCCUUCUUGGUCUGUGACCGUAUCGGCCGUAUCUGGGCAACUCGUCAGCUUUGCCUAGUGUGGAUUUUAGGAAUUGCUAUUUAUAUGGGCAACGGCGGGAGCUUAGCUGCUGUGUACGCUGGUCGCUUCAUCGCCGGGCUUGGUGUUGGCCAGACAGUAGUAGUGGGCCCUGUAUAUCUUGCUGAGAUCGCUCCCGCUUCCAUCCGUGGUAUUUGCACCUGUGUGUUUACUGGUUUUGUUUAUCUGGGCAUUUUACUUGCUUACUUUGCUAACUAUGGCUGCGCGGUUAACUUGGGCGAUACAACCCACAAUCGAUGGUUGAUCCCCACGAGUCUCCAUAUCAUGUUCGCUGGCCUGAUCUUCCUACUCUCGUUCCUGCAACACGAAUCUCCUCGAUAUCUAGUCAAGCGUGGCCAAUUCGAACAGGCAUCCUACAAUCUCUCGAAAAUCCGUCAUCUCCCUGCAGAUCACGAAUAUAUUAUGCGCGAGAUAACUGCUAUCCAAACGUCGCAUGAAGCUGAGCUGGAGGCCUCCUUAGGAUCUGGUCCUAUUGGUGUUCUUAAGGAAACCUUCUUGGUCCCGUCGAAUCUCUACCGAGUUUACCUUACUUCUAUGGUCCAGAUUCUAUCGCAAUGGACGGGUGCUGGUAGUAUUACUCUUUACGCUACGGAUUUGUUCAAGUUGCUAGGGAUCACGGGCAACAACACGAAUCUGCUGGUAACGGCCGUCUUCGGAAUCAUUAAGCUUAUUGCGGCGGUUAUUUGUGCUCUCUUCCUUGUGGACGUUAUUGGACGCAAGCGAGCUCUUCUUCUCGGCAUUACCCUACAGGCUAUCUCUAUGGUCUAUAUUGCCGGGUUCCUCACUGCUUCUCCGGAAAUAGGCGUGGUCCCCGGCUUCAAGCUCCCAGCCAACAAAAAGGGUGCUAGUGAAGGAGCGAUUGCGAUGAUCUAUCUCUCUGGAUUUGGAUGGGCUCUCGGCUGGAACUCGAUGCAGUAUCUUCUAACAGCAGAACUGUUCCCUCUGCGUAUCCGUGCUCUAGCUACUUCGAUGGCUAUGACUCUCCACUUUGCCAAUCAAUAUGGUAACUCGCGCGCAGUACCUAACAUGCUGCUUCCUAUGGCAAAAGGAGGAAUUAGCCCUAGUGGUACAUUCUGGUGCUUUAGUGCUGUCACUAUUCUGGGCGGUGUAUGGGUAUGGUUUAGUAUUCCAGAAACGGCGGGUCAGUCGCUAGAGAGCAUGGAUCGCCUCUUUGCCCUGCCAUGGUACAAGAUCGGCCUGUACGGCAACCGGGAUGCUGAAAAGCGUGACAGUGCGGAUGAGAAGAUUGAGACGGCGGCGCAGACACAUGGAGUCGCCGAGAAUGCUGAGAGGCCAGACCCGUCAGGCCGGGUGUGA